UUAUUUUUCCCGCUCAAAGCAACCAUGCUUCCCUGCUCUCAUUUAUCUGCAUUGACGUGCCCUACCCAAAACCUUAGAUUGGAAAACCACACCCCUAAAAUCUUUAGCUCUUUGAGUUAAUUGAACCCUAAUAUGCCGAGCAUAAUCGGAAAUGGCUCCUCUGUAUUUUAUGCUGCAGUUGAUUCCGGCGGCAGAGACGCAGCAAUGGAGAAGAAAUCCAUCGGAUUAGACAAAUCUAAUGAUAUUCUAUCCAGACAGCAUUCGACGCCUCAAAAGAGGCGGUUGAGAUCUGAAACUGGCCAAUGCGGUUCAAUCUCCACUCCAUCGAAGUCUUGUUCUCCGAAGAAAUGGAAAUCGCCUCGUAAAUCCAUUAGUAGUUGCCCAAGCAGUAAUGGAAAUGAAAAUAGGGCCCUCAGAACAACCACAUCUCCCCGGAAAAGGUUAUCCGAUAGUUUUUCCCCGAUCUCAAAAUGGAAUUCCAAAGAUCCAGACCAGUUGAGAACAGUGAAGGAAGUGCUGCAUGUGUCAACGGCGCCGUCUAUUAUUGUGUGUCGGGAAGAUGAGCAGAAACGGGUAUUGGAGUUCUGCAAGUCGUGUAUUGAGCAGCAGAAAGCAGGGAGUCUAUAUGCUUGUGGUUGUCCAGGGACAGGAAAAACACUGUCCAUGGAGAAAGUUAAACAGUUUCUGCUAGAAUGGAUAAACCAGGAAGGAUUUCAAUCACUAGAUGUAUUGGCCAUAAAUUGUACUUCUCUUUCAAACACUAGUGAUAUUUUCAGCAAGAUAUUUGAAAAGUACUGCCCCCGGAAGAAGGUCAAUGGUUCUUCUACUCCUCUUCAGUACCUCCGGACCUUGUUUUCUCAGAAAAAACCAUCAAGCGAAAAGAUGAUGCUUGUGAUUGUUGAUGAGUUGGAUUAUUUGAUUACAAAAGCCGGCUCUGUGCUUCAUGAUCUUUUCAUGCUUACUACUUUUCCUUUCUCCAGAUUUAUAUUAAUAGGAAUAGCAAAUGCACUGGAUCUAGCUGAUCGAUUUCUGCCCAAACUGCAGUCAUUGAAUUGCAAGCCUGUGGUUAUAACUUUCCGGGCGUACUCUAAAGAUCAGAUCCUCAGGAUUCUUCAGCAGAGGCUUAUGGCGCUUCCAUACACCGUCUUUCAACCGCAAGCUUUGGAGCUUUGUGCCAGAAAAGUUGCAGCUGUAUCUGGAGAUAUGAGGAAAGCCCUCUCCGUUUGCAGAAGUGCAAUUGAAAUACUAGAGUCUGAGCUAAGAGAUUCCAGCAAGCUGAACUCAUUUCAGGCUGAUACAGCAUUGCAUGAUCAAUUGAUAAUGGCCCAAUUAUUAACAAAGCAAGAACCUAAUGUUGUAAGGGUUGAUCAUAUGGCUAUUGCUUUGUCAAAGACAUUUAAAUUGGCAAUAGUGGACACUAUACAGUCUCUUCCACAACAUCAGCAGAUAAUAAUUUGCACUGUAGUGAAGCUAUUCCGAAAUGGAAAGAAGGAUACCACUGUUGGCGAGCUGAAUAAAUCAUACUUGGACAUCUGCAAAUCUGUAUUAAUUCCUCCUAGUGGCGUUCUGGAAUUCUCGAAUAUGUGUAGAGUGCUCAGUGAUCAGGGCCUUAUAAAACUUGGCCAAUCUCGAGAGGAUAGACUGAAAAGAGUGACCUUAAAAGUUGAUGAAGCAGAUAUUACUUUUGCCUUGCAAGGAAUUCGAUUGUUCCAGAAUUGUCUUCAGUAAUGGUGAUCAUGAGAACACCAAGUCGGAGUUAUGGUUGCUCAACAUCAGUGGGUGUUUUGCUUCUCGAGUUCUGUCAACCUCUUCAACCUGAAAGGUAGCAGGACCUUCUGAGCUACAAGUCAUUCGGUGCAAGCACCUGCAGGUGUUCUCAACCUGAACCAACAUGUUCAGGGUCAAAAUUUAGUAUAAAUAUAUCUGCCAAGAGCCAAGUAGUCGGGGUGAACUGGUGAAGCAUGUUUGUCGCUUAUUGUUUCAUUCAAAUUGCAUUAAAAAGAAAAAUAAAUGCUUAGAUGACCUAUUGCAGAAGCCUUGUUGAAUUGGUA